CUUUCCGUGUCCAUGUUUUGUAAAAUAUUCCACUCGAGAUAGUGCCUUUGUUUUUCAGACAAAAAUUGAAAAUAUAAAAGGAGCCAUGGGGUCUUGGCCGGUUGCAUUUGGUCGGAUGUGCUACCAAAAUGCAAAUUGUUUUUGUUCUUUUGGCAAUCGUUUGGAUCGUUCCCCAGACCCUCGCAAAGGAUUCGUGUGCAGGACAGCCAUUUGGAUCUAGAGCUGUCGACCCGCAGGAUCCUUACUCGUAUGUCCUUUGUCUGGGUCUGCUGGGCCAGAUAAGGAUCACAUGCCACGAAGGGCUUAAGUUCGAUGCUGCUUCUCAAGCCUGUGUUGUUGAAAAGAAAGAACUGCAGACUCCCAAGAAAGAAACCAAAAAUGAACUAAAAAUUGAACAGGAAAUCAAGGUCGACAGGCCUGUGAUCUUCAACAUUUUUGGUAAUUUAAAUUUCUUCGGAAGCUUAUGGGGCUCUUCUCAAGAAGCCACACCAUCGCCUCUAACUGGGGAUUCCAUACCACAUCUGCAGUUUUCCAAUUUAGCAGCCGAAGUUCAACCCCAAUCUACCAUAAUUACUAUCCAAAAUGUCGAUAAUACUUCCAAGGACCAAGCUAUUGGGUCUGAGAAGUUAUCAUCUUCCGGGUCACUCUUAGAGGAAAAUGGUUCCACCACGGAAAGCCCAGAUUCGGAAAUAUCUACAGAGGAUAACCUUUCCUCUGAAAGUACAACUGAAGAGAAUGGAAACUCCGAAAUAUCAACAACUGAAGCAGCACUGGAAAGUUCAACUGAGGAUGGCAUUCUUGGGUCUGAAAACCUAUUGAUUGGAGGACUAUCCCUAGAAAUUCCCAGCACACCUCAAGAGGAUAAUGGCAGCUUGGAGAAUCCAACAACAGACCCAUCUCCAGAAAGUACAACUGAGGACAGUAUUUCUAGUUCGGUAAACCCAUUGGAACUUGAUAGAUUUCUAGAGAAAUUGGCAGAAAGCUCUACUGAAGAGAAUUUGUCUUCUGAACCUAGUGAAGAGAAUCCAACAACUGAAUCAUCAUCUGAAGGUACAACUGAAGACAGCAUUUCUAGUUCGGUAAACCCAUUGGAACUUGAUAGAUUUCUAGAAAAAUUGGCAGAAAGUUCUACUGAAGAGAAUGUGGCGUCAUCCGAGAAUCCAUCCACUGACUCAACUUCGGAAGACAAUGGGAGCUCUGAAACAACUGAACCAUCGUCGGAAAGUACUGAAGCUGGCAACGAAGGAAGCAUUUCAAGUUCAGAGAAUCCAUUGGUAACUGAGCCAUCUGAAGAAAGUACAACAUUGGCGGAUAGUGGCAGCUCUGAAAGUUCCGUAACUGAACCGUCUCAGGAAAGUUCUACCCAGGAAGAUAAUGUUAGUUCUGAAUGGCCACCUCUUGAAAGUACAACCCAGGAGGAUAAUAGUAGCUCUGAAAGUCCAGUAACCGAAGUAUCUCUUGCAAGUACAUCAGAAGAAGGCAUUUCUAGUUCAGAGCCGCCAUUGGUCACCGACCCAUCUCAAGAAAGUACAAUCCAGGAUAAUAGGAGCUCCGAAAGUCCAGUAACUGAACCUUUUCGUGAAAGUACUACUGAAGAAAGCAUUUCUAGUUCAGAGCCAUCUCAAGAAACUACAAUCCAGGAUAAUAGGAGCUCGGAAAGUCCAGUAACUGAACCCUCUCGGGAAAGUACAACAGAAGAUGGCAUUUCUAGUUCGGAGAACCCCUCGCCCACUGAACCGUCUCUUGAAAGUACUACCCAGGAAGAUAAUGUUAGUUCUCAAAGUCCAGCUCUUGAAAGUACAACCCAGGGGGAUAAUAGUAGCCCUGAAAGUCCAGUGACUAACCCUCCACUUGAAAGUACUACUGAAGAAAGCCUUUCUAGUUCGGAGAACCCAGUUUCUACUGAAUCGUCUGUUGAAACUACAACCCAGGAUAAUAGAAGCUCCGAAUGUCCAGUAACUAGCCCGUCUCUUGAAAGUACAACAAAGGAGGACAGUGUCAGCUCUGAAAGUCCCGUAACCGAACCGUCUCAAGAAAGUACAACACAGAACGAUAAUGGUAGCGAUCCAGUCACUGAACCGUCUCUUACAACUACAAGCGAAAAGGAUAAUGGCAGUUCUGAAAGUCCGGUAACUAAACCAUCGCCUGAAAGUUCAACUGAAGAAAGCAUUUCGAGCUCGGAGAAACCUGCUGUCACUGAACCAUCUCAAGAACGUACAACUAAGAAGGAUAAUGGAAGCGCUGGAAAUCCAGCAACUGCACCACCGAAGGAAUCUACGGAAUGUCCGGAUGUAAAGCCAAAAGAAGAUGGUGCAUUGGUAACAUAUCUGAAGGAGAGUGGGUUAAGUCAGCUGAGCGGCUUGAUGUCACAGAAAUGGGCUGGAAAGAAACCAAAAGAUGUGAAUGCCACAAUCUGUACCAACCUGCCCAAUGGAGUCUUUUUGCGAGAUCCCACCUCUUGCAACAAGUUCUAUAUCUGCCUGAACGGAAAGCCCAGGCCCGGCAAUUGUCCCAGUAACCUGAACUUCGACAUCAAGAACAAGGUGUGCAAUUAUCCCAGCUUGGUGGACUGCUCCAUCGACGAAAAACCAGAGGUAGUGACCAAGAAACCAUCUGAAGAUAAUAACACACUCGACUGCCGGUCCCUGCAUAAUGGUGCCUACAUAAGAGAUCCCACUUCUUGUAGCAAGUUCUACGUUUGCGCCAACGGUCGUGCCAUAGCCCGAGAAUGUCCUCGAGGACUAUACUUUGACUUUACGUUCAAUUUCUGCAACUAUCCCGGCCAGGUUAAGUGCUCCAUUGGCGAGAGUUCGGCGGGUUCUCAUCGACCCCCAAAUAGAGCCAGUGUUCCGGAUUGCAGUAAAGCCGCUGAUGGGACUAGGUUUGGAGACAUCAAAAUGCGCAAUAAAUACUACUCCUGUCGGAAGGGAAAGGCAGUCCUCAACUACUGCAGUGCAGGAAUGUGGUUCGACGCCGAGAAACAGAAGUGCAUCGAUCAGAGGUUGAUGAUUGGAACCAAGGAGUAGCCUUACUCUGAGCUCAACUAUAAGAGCUAUAAUCUAGUUGUAGGAAAAUGGUGAUGGGGUAUACAUAUAAAAAUGGGUAAAUGGGUAACAUGAAGUCUAUUAUUUUAAUAUGGUUACUGGAAAAUACAAAAAUUGCAAGUAGAUUCGAUCGGACUAAGAAACGAAUAAAGAACUUACACACGAUAA